AUGACAACGGCGGGCAUAGUGCUGACGUGGACGUCUCCGGCGCUGCCGAAGCUGCCGCAGCUGACGGCGUCGGAGGUGGCGUGGGUGGGCUCCCUGGCGUCGCUGGGCGCCGCCGUGGGGCCCUGGCUGGGCGGCUGGCUCUCCGACCGCGUGGGUCGGCGCAACACGGUGCUGCUGGCCGAGCUGCCCAUCGCCGCCAGCUGGCUGGCGCUACUCUUCUGCGAGUUCCAGCCCACGUGGCUGUGCGUCGUGCGCUUCGUGUCCGGCCUCGGCGUCGGACUCAUCUUCGCCGCAAUGCCAGCAUACGCUGCUGAAGUCUCACAGGCGGACGUGAGGGGAGGCCUGUGCUCGCUGAUCCAGGCGUCCAACACGCUGGGCUUCAUGAUCGACUACUGCGUGGGCCCGUUCGUGUCGUACUCGACUCUGGCGCUCAUCGGGCUGGCGUCGCCGCUGGUGGCCGUGGCGUGCUUUGCCUGGAUGCCCGAGUCGCCCUACUACCUGCUGGCCGUGGGGAAGGACGCCGCCGCCGAGAAGGCGCUGCGCUGGCUGCGGGACCCGGACCGCGACGUCGCCUCGGAGCUGCGCGAGAUGAAGAAAGCUGUGGAGGACUCCAAGGUGAACGAGGCGUCGGUGCUGGACCUGUUCCGGUCCCGCAGGUGCCGCCGCGCGCUGGCCAUCUCUCUGGGCGUGGUCUGCGCCGAGCAGCUGGCGGGCAUCAACGCGGUGCUCUUCUACACGCAGAGCAUCUUCAUCGCGGCGGGCGGCGCCGUCAGUGACAGCGUGGCUCCCAUCAUCAUCAACGGCAUCAUGCUCGUGGAGGCGUGCAUCGUGCCCUUCCUGGUGGAUCGCGUUGGCCGCAGAUUCCUGCUGAUCUUCUCUUCCAGCGGCAUGUCUUUCGCUCUGCUGUGCCUGGGCGUCUACUUCUACCUCCGUGAGACCGGGAAGUACGUAGGCAACAUCGGAUGGGUUCCCGUUGUCUCUCUGAUUCUCUACAUCGUCGUCUAUACGCCAGGUUACGGCUGUCUUCCUUACACGGUGACUGGCGAAGUCUUCCCGCCGAAUGCAAAGUCCGUGGCGAUGCCAAUGGCCGCUUUCGUAACGUGGUUCACGUCCUUCCUGGUCACCAGAUUCUUCGGGGACAUCGUCGCCGUCGUUGGGAACUACGGCCCGUUUUUCGUCUUCUCCGGGUGCGCACUCCUCGCUUCGUUCUACGUGUACUUCGUGGUGCCCGAAACGAAUGGGAAGACUUUAGAAGAAAUACAGGAUAUGCUCGGCGAGGAAUAAUCGUGACGUAAGAUAUGUGGUAACUAACACCGCUAUGAGAGCCUACGGUCCCACCACGAGAUACCUGCACUGAGAAAGGAGAGGAAGAAGUUUGUUUUGCGUUUUCCCAAAUGUUUGGAUGCAGAAUGAGAAGGCGGCAACGCUUCUUUUUAACAUGAUUUGCCUAGGAGGAGUCAUCAUGCACACUGCGUGCAUUAAUGUAUGCUAAAUUGAGUUGCGGCGCUCGCUACUAAGAAAAUAGCUCCAGCGAAUCAUGUGUAUUACGUCUUUGAAGGUGGAAGGAUCACGCUUUCGUGUCAUAUACAACACGGAAAUACACGGGGAGCGGUAUAUGUGCUACGAAGUAUGCUCUGUACUUCGUGAAAACUGAUGGCGUCCUUUUAACCAGUGUGAAGAAUUAAAAAAGUAGGAGUAGAGGUUAGUCAUCUAACGAUGCUUAAGGGGGGUAGGACGUCAAACGGGCCGACUUGGAGCGGGAGAGGCACCACACGACGUUUUAAUUUCCACUGUCUAUACUUUUACAAAAAAUUCAUAA